AAAACUUUUUUCCAAAGUCAACCAGAUCGAUGCGAUGUCGUUUAUAAUAUCUUUCUGCCUCUCGUUCCCGUUGGUCAAGUCAUGGACUCAAAAGUAAAGGCAACGGACUUGAUCAAAGCAAUUAAAUUGAAUAAAUUCCUGAUUCCUCUCUCGUGGUCAAGUAGAAAGAAACGGCACCGUGGUUUAUCUGUUAAGAGAGGAAAUGGCCAUAGCUGACCAGAAGUCACCGUCUGACAGUAAAGUCUGGGGGUUCUUCAAGCUGCCGUUUCGACAAUCAGGUAAUACGACGUCGUCGUCUUCCUCGACCACGUCGCAUCACCACAAUCAAACUAACCAUCAUAUGGAGGGAUCGAAUACACAUGCUUCCACCUCAGUUUCUUCUGUUGCCAGGUCUAUUUUGCCUGCUCGCCGUCGCCUCAAGCUCGACCCUGCCAAAAAGCUCUAUUUUCCUUAUGAACCUGGCAAACAAGUGAGAAGUGCGAUCAAGAUAAAAAACACAAGCAAGUCACAUGUAGCUUUCAAGUUUCAAACAACAGCACCAAAAAGCUGCUUCAUGCGACCUCCGGGUGCUAUUCUUGCUCCCGGUGAGAGUCUCAUAGCUACUGUCUUCAAGUUUGUAGAGGUUCCAGAGAACAAUGAAAAACCAAUGGAUCAGAAGAGUCGGGAUAAGUUUAAAAUUGUUAGUUUGAAGGUGAAAGGAGAGAUGGACUAUGUUCCUGAGCUGUUUGAUGAGCAAAAGGAUCAAGCAGCAACCGAGCAAGUAUUGAGGGUUGUCUUUCUUAAUCCCGAGCGUGCUGAUCCUGCUCUGGAAAAGUUGAAGCGCCAGUUGGCAGAUGCUGAUGCUGCAGUUGCAGCUCGCAAGAAGCCUCAAGAAGAUGCAGGCCCAAAAAUUAUUGGUGAAGGGCUUGUCAUAGACGAAUGGAAAGAGCGAAGGGAAAGAUACCUUGCUAGACAGCAGAUUGAAGGAGUAGAUUCAGUAUAGAAUUGUUAUGCUUCUGUUUGCUUUGCCAUGGUUGACCAAAAACUUGAAAUGACACUGUAAAGUAUGUACCUCCUCAAGUCUUACCCUGUAACGUGAAUUGAAAUGAAGAAUCAUGUAGGAAACUGAAACAUUGUGGUAGAUUGUAAGUUGAUUUUUAUUGUUUGAGAUGUUAUGAACUUGAGUAAUGUUAUAUGCACACAGUUUUGAGUAUACAAUUAUAUAGACA